AUGAGAGGCAAGCGGAAAUCUGGAAGAAGUUCGAAAGCCGGGAAGCGAAAUUCAACAGCAAAGUCGGAGUAUGACUUCUCGAAAGUGGAGGCGAAGGUCGACAACAAGGCGCCCAAAUUCAAUCCGGAUGUAUACCUCAAAUCACGGAACCUGCUGGCCGAUGCUGCGCGACUAAAAAUCAUCGACAGAGAAAACUUGGAGCUGGUGCAACGACUGAACUUCGUUUACCGUUUGGGUGGUAAAACGGACUGUUCAGAGCCGACAAUGAAACUGGGAAAGUCGAUGGUGAUAGAAAAAGCAGAAAUGGACAACCGCAGGAUAACGAGAGAGAACAAAGAAUUCCUGCGCGGUAUAGAAUCGACGAAGGCUACCUACCCGACGGCGGAAUUCCUCAGGGAUUGGAAACGCAUCGAGUUAAACAUGGAGCACACCGCGAAGUACCCGUUAAUUUGGAAACGCCCCGGGAGCCUUGGGGCCAAUCGAGCCCAAAUUACGAGCGACCCGGUGCCCGAAGGGGCGGACGGGAUGAUCGCCCCCAAAAAACGUACCCGAUGCUUUUUCGACCUGAGACUAAAAAAAUCCGGGGAUGACCUGGGCCGAAUCGUCUUCGAACUCUACGACGAUAUCGUCCCGAUAACUUGCGAGAAUUUUGCCGCUUUAUGCCGCGGUCACGAGGGACUUUCGUACAGGGGGACGCCGUUUCACCGAAUAGUACCAGGUUACUGGUGCCAAGGGGGAGAUGUGACGAAGUUCAACGGUACGGGAGGCGUUUCGAUAUACGGUGAAAAGUUCAGGGACGAAAAUUUCAUCCUCCGACACGCAGGUUCCGGGAUUCUCUCAAUGUGGAACGACGGGCCAGACAAGAACGACUCGAAGUUCAACAUCAGCUUCAAAUCCCUGCCGACGAUGGACGGGAAGAGGGUUGUUUUCGGAAAAAUAAUUCGCGGCUUGACCAAUAUUUACAAGAUCGAGGAAUUGGGAUGCAGCGCUGGUAAACCGAUCAAAAUAGCCAUUGUAUCAAACUGCGGGGUUUUACGCAACGGAAGUCGAAAAAAUCCAGAGGGAAUCUAA